AUGGUAAACAAACUACGUGGUAUCAUACUGGCUCAUCCCAGCGCGCUUCGGAUCUGGAGGAGCAAGUCCAUGAGCAACAUUUUCAGUUACCACGGCUCAGGCGUCUGGUUCAGGGCCUAUGAGUUUGGUCCUGUCAAGUUCUCUCCUACCAGCGCUACUAAGGAGUGGGGUACGUACGAUAAGGAUGUCAAUGCCUUCACUAACCCCACCAACCUUGCUGCUGGUGGUUUCUUGGUUCGCCCUAACCGUCUUACUCUACAUAAGCUCUCUGGUACCGACUUCUACCUCAACUGCGGCUAG